GAAGAAGAAGUAUAACAGUUUGGGUGUGGUGUUUUUGGGUGUUUUGUUUACAAUUUUCUCUCAUUUAUUGCAUUUUAUCGCUUUUGCGAUGGAUUUUAUGAAAUUCCUGGCCUACUGCGUACUCUUUGCGGCUUUCUGUAGCAGCUGCUCCGCCCUUGAGUGCUACGUGUGCGCCAAUCAGUCAGCCAACACAGAGAAAUGCCUGAAAACCAUUAAAACCUGCGAACCCGGAGAAGAUGUUUGCCUGACAGAGAUCCGAUGGGGGAGUAUGCCCUAUUGGUCUCAGGGCGCCCUAAAACAGUACUAUGUCUCCAAGAGAUGCUCCACCAAGGAAAUCUGCCAGAAGAUCCGUUCACGGUACAUGCCCUACUGCACCCACAUCUGGUACGAAGAUUGGUCCUGUUCUGAAUGCUGUCAAGGAGACAGAUGCAAUUACUUUAUAAUUAGUGGAGCAAACGACCUGAGAGCACCUCUGGCUGUACUAAUCCUGGGCGCAACAUUCCUCAUUAGCAGAUUCACGUAGAGCAGUGAGAAGAAUCUCAAGAAUUCCGUCCAAUUUUAAUUAUUAAUUAGUUAGUUGAUAAGUGAUAGAGAGAGCAACUCUUUCCGUCCAGGAGGCUGUCCACGCACGCAGUUUGGCACCCUCCUUCCCACACAAUCAUUUUUGUAAUUUGUACAAAAGAAAAAAAAUCUCAUUGUAUCAAUUUAAAUUAACUUCUUUCUCUCGUUUUAUUCAAAAAUUAACCCAUUUUUUGCAAUUACCCACACACACGCAUACUGUCGCAAAUUCACGGAGAUUUACCGGCACUUUCGGGGCGAUUCUGCUGCCCCUUCAGAUGGGAAAAUCAAUAAUUUUAUUUUAUGGGAACUGGGGGAGG